CCAGUGUGUCAGUGCGAGGCGUCCGGUAGAACAACACUACUCAGUUUUAUUGUUUUUUUUUGCACGUUUAUUUUUAUUUUAUUUAAAUAUAAUUAGAGGUGGAGUUGUGUUAGUGCAGGUCUACAUGGUGUGGGGUCGGAGGUGUGUAUAUUUGUUUAGAUAAUAGCGUUUCAGUUGGAGUUUUUAUUCGAAUCCGAAUCAGGACGGAGAUCAUCUGAAGAAGGAGGAGAUCCGGAGCUUUAGCACGACGCGGUUCGGUUCAGGGUUUGAGUUGCGGUAAAGGGCCAGAAAUGAGCGCUGGCAUGGCGAAGGUGGUAAAGCCUUCCUCACACGCAGACCCGAAGUCUGCUCCUCUGAAGGAGAUCCCGGACAUCCUGGUGGAUCCGCGGACCAUGAAGCGCUACAUGAGGGGCCGCUUCCUGGGCAAAGGCGGCUUCGCCAAGUGCUACGAGAUCACGGACAUGGACACCAACGAGGUGUUCGCGGGCAAAGUCGUGCCCAAGUCCCUGCUGAUGAAGCCGCAUCAGAAGGAGAAGAUGAGCACCGAGAUCGCCAUCCACAAGAGCCUGGACAACCCGCACGUCGUCGGCUUCCACGGCUUCUUCGAGGACGACGACUUCGUGUUCGUGGUGCUGGAGAUCUGCAGGAGGCGGUCCCUUUUGGAGCUGCACAAGCGCAGGAAGGCGGUGACUGAGCCCGAGGCCAGAUACUUCAUGCGUCAGACCAUCCAGGGUGUCCACUACCUCCACAACAACAGGGUGAUCCACCGUGACCUGAAACUGGGCAACCUGUUCCUCAGCGACGACAUGGAGGUUAAAAUCGGUGACUUCGGCCUGGCCACUAAGAUCGAGUUCGACGGCGAGAGGAAGAAGACGCUGUGCGGGACGCCGAACUACAUCGCCCCCGAGGUGCUGUGUAAGAAAGGCCACAGUUUCGAGGUGGACGUCUGGUCCCUGGGCUGCAUCCUGUACACGCUGCUGGUCGGGAAGCCGCCGUUCGAGACGUCGUGCCUAAAGGAGACGUACGUCCGCAUCAAAAAGAACGAGUACACCAUUCCCAGGCACAUUAACCCUGUGGCUACGGCGCUAAUCCGGCGGAUGCUGCACGCCGACCCCACGCUCCGCCCCUCCGUCGCCGACCUGCUCUCAGACGAGUUCUUUACCUCGGGUUACGUCCCACUCAGACUCCCGACGUCCUGUCUCACCGUACCACCACGCUUCUCUAUCGCCCCCUCCAGUCUGGAGGCAGGCCUGCACCGCAAACCGCUCUCUGCUUUCAACAAAGACACAGACAGUCCGAUCGAGAAGAUGGGGAAGGUGGAGCAGCCACUGAAGGAGGAGCCUGCACAGAGGUCAGAAGACGGACCCGAACAGCCCGACUGUCACUUGACCGACAUGCUGCAGCAGCUGACCAGCCUGAACGCAGUCAAACCGUCCGAGAGAGAGUUCGUACGGCAAGAGGAAGCCGAGGACCCGGCCUGCAUCCCCAUCUUCUGGAUCAGCAAAUGGGUCGACUACUCUGAUAAAUACGGCCUCGGGUAUCAGUUGUGUGAUAACAGCGUCGGUGUUCUGUUUAACGACUCCACGCGCCUGAUCAUGUACGAGGACGGCGACAGUCUGCAGUACAUCGACCGCGGAGCGGCGGAGUCUUACCUGAGCGUGCGCUCCUACCCCGCUGCGCUCUCCAAAAAGAUUACUCUGCUGAAGUACUUCAGGAACUACAUGAGCGAGCACUUGCUGAAGGCGGGCGCUAACAUCACUCCGCGGGACGGGGACGAGCUGGCGCGCCUGCCUUACCUGCGCCACUGGUUCCGCACCAAGAGCGCCAUCGUGCUCCACCUGAGCAACGGCACGGUGCAGAUCAACUUCUUCCAGGACCACACUAAGCUGAUCCUGUGCCCCCUCAUGGGCGCCGUGACGUACAUCAACGAGCGCCGAGACUUCUGCACCUACAAGAUGAGCCUGAUCGAGGAGUUCGGCUGCUGUAAGGAGCUAGCCUCGCGGCUGCGCUACGCUCGCACCAUGGUGGAGAAACUACUGGCCUGCAAAAGCACAACGACCACCACCACCACCACCGCGUCCUCGGGCCGCUGACUCGGUCAUGACCCUGACUGAACUGUCAAACUGUACACUCUCCCCCUGUAUGUGUCUCUCUGUCCUGUCAGGAGGGGGCGCUCCAUGUGACCGGGCUCCUCAUCCGCUCUAUCAUGUACAUUCUUCUGUGUUUUUUGCUCUGUUUAAAUGUUUUUCCUCGUUUCUCUUUCCUCUGUAUAAUUUUUAUAAAGCUUUUAUGGCUGUACAUGAGAGAGCCACAAAUUAAACAGUUGUAUUAAAGGCAGUGUAUCCAAUUUAAUAAAGCUCCUUUUGGUGAAAAACUCU